AUGAGAAUUUUAGCAGAAAAAUAUGAUAAACAUAAUUCCGUGAUGUACCUAGUACAAUGGCAGGGUAAAGAUCCAAGUGGAAAAGAAUGGGAGCCAACUUGGGAACCUCAUGAAAAUUGUGGAAUUAUGCUCAUACAUGAAUGGGGGGAAGAAAAACGAAGAAGAGAGCUUGGAAUUUAUGAGCAAAACAAUACUAAUGCACCGAUAGUUGACAAAGGAGAAAAUAAUAAUGCUGAAAAUAACAACGAUGUUUAUCAAUCACGACAAAUAAAUGGAAUAAACGGAAGAGGCAUAUUUUGUGAUGAUGCUAAUCUAACCAAUGAUGUUAUUUCUGAGAGUUCUCGAAGCCAAUCAUCUAAAAGAAUUGUACGUCGAAAAAAUUCUACGAAAGGUGCUGAUUUAGAUAAUCAUCGUAAACGCAACGUUUCUCUAAAGUCAAGACAAGUAAAACUUUUCCAAAGUCUUUCUAAUAAAGGCAAAUUAUCAGUUAAUUCAUCUCGUCGUGUACCAGACAGUAGUAAUGAUUCUCUUUCCUCAAGCGACUCUGAACAGGAAACUCAUCAUCAUAUAAACGGAAAUGGUGCAGUUAAGUUUUAUAAAUAUCCUCUUCGAUCUCGAUCCGGCAGACUGUCGAUUACUAGGCGAUUGGAAUGUUCAUCCAUAAGUAAACGAAAGGUAUCUCCACGUUCAUUUGAUGGUCGAACUACUGAUGAUCUAGAUUCUCGGAAAAAAUUACGCUUUGAUGAGGAUUCCUAUAGUAGUGAAGAAGAAAUUUUGUGUUCAGGGCAAGUGUUUCCUUGUGGUCAAAUUACGCCCAUCACCGCUCAUUCUCCAAAAAAUGAUGCCGAUGUCGAUGAUUUAUAUACAUCACCAAUAACGAAAACGACGAAUAUUAAAAAUGCUGAUAAAUUGGUUUCAAAUUCUACACCACAAAACACUAUCAGCCCUCCUACUAACGUUAAUAUGAAUGGUUCUCAUGAACAUGCGCAGAAAUCAUCGAACGGUUUCGAUUUAGGAACUACUGCUGCUAAUGAUGUUAAUUCAUCUUCAAAAAGGCCAAUUGAUCAUCAUCAUUCCAUUCAGAAUAUUAGAACAUGUAUUGCAACGUCAACAAAUCAGUGUGUAAAUAUAAAUGUAAAUACGCAAUCUUCUGAAUCAUUACUCUUAAUUGCUCCGAAACCAGUUCAGACGGUACGAAAUGAUGUUAACCAGAAAACUACACAAAGACACACCCAAACUAAGGCACGUAAACCACCUUUAAAAACGGAUGCUGUAAAGAAUAUGUCUCAGUUAACAGUUAAUUCAUCAAAUCCUCCAAUUUUACCAAAACCACCAACUUCUAAUAUUGUUCCCGUUAUAAGACCAGCGUCACUAAUGAACAAUAACACAAAUAUGCGUUCUGUACAAAACAGAACAAUUAGACCAAAUAGUGAUCUAUAUUCAAAUCCAAUUAGGCCAAAUUGUGAUCUAUAUUCAAAUCCAAUUAGGCCAAAUUGUGAUCUAUAUUCAAAUCCAAUUAGACCAAAUAGUGAUCUAUAUUCAAAUCCAAUUAGACCAAAUAAUGAUAUAUAUUCAAAUUCAAUUUUACCGGUCACCUUAAAAGAUUGCCAAGGUUCUGCCGCAUUAGCUGAUCACGGACAUCAAUCAAGAAGUAUGUUACAUACACCAAUGACAACACAUAGGUCGUUAGGUGUGUCACAACCAAAUCCAUUAGGUGUAGGCGUAAGUAGUUUGCAAUUGGACAACUCCGUCGCUACAACGAAUACUACCAAUUGUAAUACUGCACCAAACCUUCGAAAUAAAACUAAUAUACCAUCUUAUCAAGAAAUUCAUAAUGCUUCAGAAAAUCGUUAUAUGAAGUCGGAAUUAAUUGAACAAAGAAAAACUAUUGAAAGGCAAACAGAUCAACUUUCAAAAGCGCACAAAGCGUUGACAGAAAAAACUGAAGAAUGCGAAAAUUUGAAAAAUACUAUUAGUAAUAUGACUACUAACGAAUCUCUGAAACAAGAAAAUGAAUCUCUGAAACGAGAAAAUGAAAUGUUUAAAAUGUAUUUUGCAAAGGUUAUUCAGGAUGGAGGCACAAUUAUUCAAAGAGACUAUGAUAAAUUGUCAACUAUGUGUACGUCAAUUCAAAAUUUAAGCAAUCAGCAUGACAUUAUUGUUAAUCAAUUACAAAGGGCAGAAAACACGUUCACUAGUUCUAAUAGUUCUGAAAGUCAUUCGCAGUUGCGUAGUAAGCUUAAUCAAUCUAAAUUAAAGGUUUCACUACUAGAGAAGUCGUUGCAGAUGAAAGAUGAAAAUGAAAAAAUUUAUCAACAAGCCGCCAAAUUAGUUCUUGAUUUAAAACUUGAACCUCUGAAAAAUUACAUGGAAUUGCAAAAUAGUGUUAAAGCAUCAAUUCCUUUGUCGAUUUUGAAAGCUUCUCGUAUGAACACUGAACAUAAUGCUACUAGGAGAGAUACAUCCGUAAACAUCUCUACUUCAAAAACUAGCAAUGAUACACUUUCGAGCAAUAUUAAUACAAGUAGCUAUAUAAAUGCACAAACGGACAAUUCUCCUUUUAAUACAAGUAGCAAUUAUAUCACCAAAAAAGAAGUAGAUAAUGAAUUAACAUUCUCUGGUAUCCAUAAAUUUACUUCUUUAAAUGGAAAUUCUAGCAUUGCUACAACUACCAAACUUCUCGAUACAACUGAUAAAAAGGGUAAAUCAACAUUUUACCCCGCUUCUCGAAAAAUUGUGGCUAGUUCACCAAAUAUUACCGGCAAACGUACUCAAGAAAUCACGAGAAGGAUUUGA